AUGGCUCUCACAUUGGCUUUUGCUUCCCAGUCUCAGGCUCAAGCGAUCCAUGUGCGCUCUCAACUAUCCUUUGCUCGAAACACCACUCAGACAGCUACUGAAUAUUUUAUGCACAUUAAAAAGCUCACCGAUGACCUUGCCUUUGCUGGUCAGCCCUUGAAUUGUGAUGAUAUCAGCACAUAUCUUCUUGCAGGAUUGGGCCCCGAAUAUGAUUCCCUGGUCACCACUAUUGGUGCUCGUGCUACUUCCCUCACUCUUAAGGAGGUCCUUUCAAUGUUACUUACAUGUGAAGCACGUAUUCAGUAUCACUCUCAGUCCUUUUCUUCCACUUCCCCUUCAGCUAAUGUCGCCACUAAGCAGCAAAAUCUUUCCUUUUAUCAGGGACGUGGAAAUCAACGAGGCAGGGGGCGUGGCAAUACUUCUUUCCGAAGUUCAGCUUGUGGAAAUUUCUCUUCCCCCAAUCCCAACAAUCAUUGUUGCCAAUUAUGUGACAAGCCCGACCAUACAGCCUCGCGAUGCUUCAAAAGGUUUGAUCCGAAUUUUUUAACACCCCCUCCUCGUCAAAAUGCUCAAGCCAAUCUCUCCACUACUCAGACCCAGACCUCUGGUAAUCAAGAAUGA